UGUCAAAAGUCAAAAGAAGAAAUAGAAUUUCUUUUCCCGACGUUGAUAGUGUUUGUGCAAGUGUUAUCAACAACGAAAAAUAUAAUUCUGAAAUUUUCAGAAUGGGUUUUCAAAAUAUUUGGUACUCUCACCCUCGUAAAUAUGGUCAAGGAUCCAGGUCGUGCCGAUCAUGUUCAAAUAGGCAUGGAUUAAUUCGCAAAUAUGGAUUAAACAUUUGCCGUCAAUGUUUUAGAGAAUAUGCAGCAGAUAUAGGUUUUAAGAAGCUGGACUAAGUCUGUUUUAAAUUAACAUCAAAUGACUUCUAAUAAUUGUAAAAUAACGUGUAAGAACUUUGUGUUUUUUUAAAUAAAAACUGCUGUAUCUAAUA